AUUCUUUUUACAUUAGUGAAUAUUGCGCCGAAAACAGUGUUUCAAAAGGAAUGUCCCCGAGAAUAAACGAGUGUACAAAGGACUAGUGUUGUCUUCCACCAUGCGAAUAUCGUACAAGAAGUGUAUUUUUUUCACACUCAUCUGCGCAUUUCUGCUCACGUUUUGUUUGAACGCCAAGAAAGAUGAGGGAGAGGUCCAGCUGAAGAAGAAGGUCGUGAGCGGAAAGGCGAAACUCGAUGCUAGGCGCAGGCAGAAGCCGUCCUCGAACAGGCCCUGGUACAUGAAGGAUGGCGCUUUGUAUCCCCAGCCGCAUAGGGCCCGCGGCAGUCGGCUGGAAAGCUACCCGUUCGCUCCCAGGUUUAUACCGGACCAGCUGCCCCUCAACGACCGCAUUGUCAGCCAGCUGAUGUACGUGCCCCACAACUACACGGAGAUCAAGGCCAGCGGCAAGCUGAAAACCCUUCUCACCUUUAACGGUCAGGGGAGGCGGAAGUGGACUGUGAUGAAGGGCCGCCAUGUCUUCCUGAAGCACAAGUGUCCGGUGGAUACAUGCGAGAUAACCGACGAUAUUUUUACGGCCAGCACUGCCGACAUGAUCCUCUAUUUGGACCUGCCCAGGGAAACGAAAAAACAAAGCAAAAAUCCCAAGCAGGUCAGCCUGCUGUACUCCAUGGCCAACUAUGUGUCCGUGCCCGACGCCAUCAACUGGACGGCCAGCUACAGGCGCGACAGCACCAUCGUGACGCCCUACGUGAAGUGGGUGUACUACGACCCCAGCGUCCAGCAGAAGAAGCAGGACCGGAACUAUGCGGCGAACAAAACCAAGAAGGUGGCCUGGUUCGUGUCCAAUUGCAAUACCGAAAAUGGCAGAUACAAAUAUGCCCUGGAGCUGCAAAAGUACAUCGAGGUGGACAUCUAUGGGGUCUGUGGCAAGUUGAAAUGCUCGCAAUCGACGCCAAAUAAAUGCUACAAGCUGCUCGAAAACGAUUACAAGUUCUACCUGGCCUUCGAGAACGCCAACUGCAAGGACUACAUCUCGGAGAAGUACGUUGUGUAUGGCCUGGACCGCGGGGUGCUGCCCAUUGUGAUGGGUGCCCGGCCGGCAGACUUCCAGGAACUCGCGCCGCGAAACUCCUACAUACACGUGGAGGAGUAUUCGUCGCCCAAGGAGCUGGCCGAUUACCUGAAUGUGCUCGACAAGGACGACGAUCUGUACAACUCGUACUUCAUGUGGCGCGGCACGGGGGAGUUCAUCAACACGCACUUCUGGUGCCGCGCCUGUGCCAUGCUGCACAACGAGGAUGAGCUCCAAAUGCCGCACAAGACCAGGCUCCAAAAGCGUGGCAUUGGCAUGUGCACCCAAGGCUUGUGGAAGAGAAUGACUCGUCCAAGGUUCUUUCCCGAUUCUCCCUACAAACGUAACAUAAAAUAGAUAUUUCAAGCCUCUUAA